AUGGCCAAAAUCCCCAACGCCGUCGCCGGCCGAAGACCGGGAGUCAGCCAGCGGCUGAAAGGGUGGUAUCUGUCAGGGAGGUACAUGUACGCCAAAUACGAGAGGAAGCCCAACUGCCCGCUCGGCAUGUUGACCCCAUUUGACUGCUUCGCUUCUGUGGGGUGCAGUGCAGCAAUCUUCAGCGCCUGCAAGGGCCGGACAGAUGCGGGAAGCCUUGCGCUGCUGGCGCUAAUGAGGGCCCCUGUCAAGUCGGGAGGAAGGCACUGUAUAUCCGACCCCUAUAUGCACUGUACGGCAACACACCUAUCAUCCAUGUGA